AUGGCGGGACAAAGGUUCGGGAAACGCAUCGUCCUUUGCCUGCUGCCCUGGAGCUGCCUGAGCUUUGCCUGGAGCGAUGCUGCAGGGCCCGGGACCGCCUCGCUCGGUGCAGGACACGUCAGAAAGGGACUGCCCAGGGACGGCGCCAACGGGACCGAUGUGCAGAGCAACGUGUCAGUGCCAUGCACAGCUCUCCCCCCACCACGCUAUGGAUACUACUACGUGGACAGAGGCUCGGGAGUGUCCUUGGGCUCGGUGCUCGUGUACUGGUGCCAAGAGGGAUACCAGCUGGUGGGCAGCGAGAGGCUCGCCUGCCUCCUCCAGGAGAGCACUUCAUCCUGGAGCCACCCCCCACCCCAGUGCCAGGCCGCCCCGCAGCCCUCGGGCCCCGGGUCCCGCAUCGCGGUGGCCGCCUCGCUGCUGAGCGGAGCCAUCAUCCUGGCACUGUCCGUCUCCUUCGCCGUGUGCUGCUGGCGGGACAGGGCGAGGAAGAGCCGCGAGGGGCAGCAGCGGCAUAGGAGGAAAGUCAGAGGAUGGAAGCGUGACCCCUCCACCCCCGAGAGGGGCAGGAACGCUUUUGGAAGACUCAAACACUACCACCAGCGCGAUUACCACCUCUCCGCCGUCUCCAGCUCCGUGUUCCCAGGGGCAUUCGCAGGCUGCAGUAACCUGGCUUUCCAAAGCAGCCCCGCCCAGCAGCCGAAGCUGCCCUUGGGAAGAUGGUGCUCCCAGACACAGGCCUUGCCUCGGCCACUGCUGCUGCCGCCUGGCCCAGCCCUGGACAGCGGCCCGCCCGGCCACCCGCCCGGCCACCCAUCGGGCCACCCGCCCGGCCACCCAUCGGGUCACCCUGCCCUGCUGCCUGCCCAUCUCCACAGCGACCUGCUGCCCCUCCACUACAGAGGCCUGGAGGAACACAAGGUUUUCAGCAAGUUUGGAAAGCCAGUUUGA